AUGCUGUUUGAUAACAAAAAUCGCACUGCUUUAACCUCAUUGAACACACCAGAUAUUGCUUCUUUAUCAAUAUCAUCCAUGUCGGACUAUCACGUGUUUGAUUUUCCCGGCAAGGAUCUGCAGAGGGAGGAAGUGAUAGAUUUGCUAGAUCAGCAAGGCUUUAUUCCCGACGAUUUGAUUGAACAGGAAGUAGACUGGUUCUAUAACUCAUUGGGUAUCGAUGAUUUGUUCUUCUCGAGAGAAUCUCCUCAAUUAAUCUCGAAUAUCAUACAUUCUCUGUAUGCUUCCAAGCUAGAUUUCUUUGCCAAGUCGAAAUUCAACGGCAUUCAGCCAAGGCUAUUUAGUAUAAAAAACAAAAUCAUAACUAAUGAUAAUCAUGCUAUCUUCAUGGAAUCUAAUACUGGUGUUAGUAUAAGCGAUUCUCAGCAGAAAAACUUUAAAUUUGCCAAUGACGCCGUCGGAAACGAUACGUUGGAACAUGGUAAGGAUACCAUCAAAAAUAACAAGACUCAAAUGGGUGAUUCUUGCCCACCUUAUGAAUUAGAUUCUGAGAUUGAUGACCUUUUCCUGGAUAAUAAGUCUCAAAAAAACUGCAGGUUAGUGUCUUUUUGGGCUCCAGAGAGCGAAUUGAAGCUGACUUUUGUUUAUGAAAGUGUUUACCCAAAUGAUGAUCCAGCCGGUGUAGAUAUUUCCUCUCAAGAUUUACUAAAAGGGGACAUUGAGUCUAUUAGUGAUAAGACCAUGUAUAAAGUUUCGUCUAACGAAAAUAAAAAAUUAUAUGGUCUCCUACUUAAGUUGGUUAAAGAAAGAGAAGGUCCUGUCAUUAAGACUACUCGCUCUGUAGAAAAUAAGGAUGAGAUUAGGUUAUUAGUCGCCUACAAGCGAUUCACCACAAAGCGUUAUUACUCUGCUUUGAACUCUCUGUUCCACUAUUACAAGUUGAAACCCUCUAAAUUCUAUUUGGAAUCGUUUAAUGUUAAGGAUGAUGAUAUCAUCAUCUUUUCCGUUUAUUUGAACGAAAAUCAGCAAUUGGAAGAUGUUUUACUUCACGAUGUCGAGGCAGCAUUGAAACAGGUUGAAAGAGAAGCUUCUUUACUGUACGCUAUUCCAAACAAUUCUUUCCAUGAGGUUUAUCAAAGACGUCAAUUCUCACCCAAAGAAGCCAUAUAUGCCCAUAUUGGGGCUAUAUUUAUUAACCAUUUUGUUAAUCGUCUUGGCUCGGACUAUCAAAACCUUUUAUCUCAAAUCACCAUUAAACGUAAUGAUACUACUCUUUUGGAAAUUGUGGAAAACUUGAAAAGAAAGUUAAGAAAUGAAACUUUGACUCAACAAACUAUUAUCAACAUCAUGUCGAAGCAUUACACUAUAAUUUCCAAGCUAUAUAAGAAUUUUGCCCAAAUUCAUUAUUAUCAUAAUAGUACCAAAGAUAUGGAAAAGACAUUAUCCUUUCAAAGAUUGGAAAAAGUGGAACCCUUUAAAAAUGACCAAGAGUUCGAAGCCUAUUUGAACAAAUUCAUCCCAAACGAUUCUCCUGAUUUGUUAAUUCUAAAGACACUGAACAUCUUCAAUAAGUCCAUUUUAAAGACAAAUUUCUUUAUCACAAGGAAAGUAGCCAUAUCAUUCAGAUUGGAUCCUUCCCUGGUCAUGGCAAAAUUUGAGUAUCCAGAGACCCCCUAUGGUAUAUUCUUUGUCGUCGGUAACACUUUCAAAGGUUUCCAUAUCAGAUUCAGAGAUAUUGCAAGGGGUGGUAUUCGUAUAGUUUGUUCCAGGAAUCAAGACAUUUAUGAUUUGAACUCCAAAAAUGUCAUUGAUGAGAACUAUCAAUUGGCUUCUACUCAACAACGUAAAAAUAAGGAUAUUCCAGAGGGCGGUUCUAAAGGUGUCAUCUUAUUGAACCCAGGACUAGUAGAGCAUGACCAAACAUUUGUCGCCUUUUCCCAAUAUGUGGAUGCAAUGAUUGAUAUUCUAAUCAACGAUCCAUUAAAAGAAAACUAUGUCAAUCUUUUACCAAAGGAGGAAAUAUUAUUCUUUGGCCCAGAUGAAGGAACUGCUGGUUUUGUAGAUUGGGCAACUAACCAUGCUCGUGUGAGGAACUGUCCAUGGUGGAAAUCAUUCUUGACUGGUAAAUCCCCAUCUUUAGGUGGUAUUCCUCACGACGAAUAUGGUAUGACUUCAUUGGGUGUUCGUGCUUAUGUCAAUAAGAUUUAUGAAACCUUAAAUCUAACCAAUUCCACCGUCUACAAAUUCCAGACGGGUGGUCCUGAUGGUGAUUUAGGGUCCAAUGAAAUCCUUUUAUCUUCGCCAAAUGAAUGUUAUUUGGCAAUUCUGGACGGUUCAGGCGUACUUUGUGAUCCUAAGGGCUUGGAUAAAGAUGAAUUAUGUCGCUUGGCUCAUGAAAGGAAAAUGAUUUCUGAUUUUGACACUUCCAGAUUAUCAAAUAACGGGUUUUUCGUUUCUGUAGAUGCAAUGGAUAUCAUGCUACCAAACGGUACAAUCGUAGCUAACGGUACAACCUUCAGAAACACUUUUCACACCCAAAUUUUCAAAUUCGUGGAUCAUAUUGAUAUUUUUGUUCCAUGUGGUGGUAGACCAAACUCAAUUACACUAAAUAAUUUACAUUAUUUUGUUGACGAAAAGACUGGAAAAUGUAAAAUUCCAUAUAUUGUGGAGGGUGCCAAUUUGUUUAUUACACAACCUGCCAAAAACGCCUUAGAAGAACAUGGCUGUAUUCUGUUCAAGGAUGCUUCUGCCAAUAAAGGUGGUGUCACAUCCUCAUCAAUGGAAGUAUUGGCCUCAUUAGCGCUUAAUGAUAACGAUUUCGUGCAUAAAUUUAUUGGAGAUGUUAGUGGUGAGAGAUCUGCGUUAUACAAGUCAUACGUUGUAGAGGUGCAGUCAAGAAUCCAGAAAAAUGCUGAAUUGGAAUUUUGCCAGUUAUGGAAUCUAAAUCAACUAGAUGGAACUCACAUUUCAGAAAUUUCAAAUCAAUUGUCUUUCACUAUAAAUAAAUUGAAUGACGAUUUAGUUGCUUCUCAAGAGUUGUGGUUGAAUGACCUAAAGUUAAGAAACUAUCUAUUGUUGAAUAAAAUAAUUCCAAAAAUUUUGAUCGAUGUCGCUGGACCUGAGUCCGUGCUAGAAAAUAUCCCAGAGAGCUAUUUGAAAGUUCUGCUAUCAAGUUACUUAUCAAGCACUUUUGUUUAUCAAAACGGUAUUGAUGUUAACAUAGGAAAAUUCUUGGAAUUUAUUGGUGGCUUAAAAAGAGAAGCAGAAGCAAGUGCUUAA